GUGAAGUAGCAGUCAGCUAGAGACUUUUUCUUUGGGAAUUUCAUAUAUCACGAACCUUAGAAAAGAAUACAAAAAUACAUAAAAACGGCAGUUUACGGUUUCCUAACAUGGAGCUAAAAUGGGCGCUUCUUUUAGGUCUCUUUCUGCCGUCAUGCAGUGGAUGUGCCAUUGGAUAUAAAUUUGUUAAAAGGAAAUGUGUUGAUGAGGAUGAGUGUGCUGUUUUCCCGAUUGCGUGUGGCGGUCACGCUCAGUGUGUAAAUACAGAGGGAAGUUACUACUGCACCUGUAACGAAGGAUUCAAAGAGAACUUAACUGGAACAUGUAAAGAUAUAAACGAGUGUUUCGAGAAUGAAACUCCCUGCUCGGCUCAUAUGACGUGUGAAAACUCAAUUGGUUCUUACAAGUGUAUUUGUCCACAUGGGUACCAGCAGAUGGGCAAAGCAGAUUGUGAAGAUGUGGAUGAGUGUGUGUCCUCAGUGUGUGGAGUUCACAGCAGCUGCUUUAACACACCUGGAAGUUUCCUCUGCGGCUGUUCUCCAGGGUUUCACAGACAUGAGAACGGCACCAGCGGCCCCUGUGAAGACAUCAAUGAGUGUUUAGAUCCAGAUGUUUGCGGCACAAACGCAGACUGCUACAAUCAUCAGGGCGGCUACAGCUGUAAAUGCCACGAGGGUUACAGUAACUAUGGCAACAACCAGUCAAAAUGCAUAGAAAUGGACUGCGAUCAGUUUGAACCCGAGUCUGAUGGAGACCACACACCAAAGAAGUUGAAGCAUUUGAUGUCACUGUUGAAGAACAGCUGUGAGUCUCUGAAUGAUCCACAUGGAGAACGUUUCACUGGAGAGAAAUUACUGGAGUCAUCCAGUGACCUGCUCCACAAGAUGAGCAGCGAGAGAUCAGACGAUAAAGAGAGAAGCGUCACUUAUCAACUCAACUCUAAAGUGGUGACGGCCGUCGUCAGUAAUGCAGAAACCAAGCAGCUGUCAGAGCCGGUGACGCUCGUCUUUACACACGUGGAGGAGAGGGCGGAGUCUGGGGGCGUGGCUUACUCCUGUGUUUACUGGGAUGAGGCUGAGGGGGCGUGGUCUGGGCGGGGCUGUGAGGGGGCGGAGUCUAACAGCACUCACACAGUGUGUUCCUGCUCUCAUCUCAGUAGUUUCGCUGUGUUAAUGGCUCUCUAUCCUGUCCAGGACUCGUUUGAUUUGGUGGUGAUCACACAAGUAGGUUUAGUUCUGUCUCUGGUCUGUUUGUUUCUCUGUAUCCUGACGUUCCAGUUCUGCCGCUCCAUCCAAGGAACCCGGACCAGCAUUCAUCUUCAUCUGAGCAUCUGUCUCUUCAUCGCAGACCUCGUCUUCCUCUGCGGGAUCUCCAGCACUCACAAUCAGGUAGCGUGUGCGAUUGUGGCCGGUCUGCUUCAUUUCUUCUUCUUGUCUGCGUUCUGCUGGAUGCUGCUGGAGGGGGUUCAGCUCUACCGGAUGGUUGUGCUGGUGUUUCACACCACAUUAAAACAUCUCUACAUGUUUGCGGUGGGAUACGGAGUCCCUCUCGUCAUCGUUGCCGUCUCUGCCAUCGCCUUCCCAAAGGGAUACGGCACCGAUAGACACUGCUGGCUCUCUCUCGAUCGUUAUUUCAUCUUGAGCUUCUUCGUGCCCGUCUGCAUCGUCAUGAUCCUCAAUAGUUUUUUCUUCAUCAUCACGGUGUGGAAACUGGCCCAAAAGUUCUCCAGCCUCAAUCCAGACCUCUCCAAUCUCAACAAGAUCAGGAGUUUCACGGUGACCGCCGUGGCUCAGUUGUGUAUUCUCGGAGGAACGUGGAUCUUCGGCUUCUUGCUCUUCCAGGAGGAAGGGACUGAAGUCAUGUUGUACCUCUUCACGAUUUUAAACAGCCUGCAGGGGGCGUUCAUCUUCAUCAUGCACUGCCUGCUGUCCAAACCGGUCAGGACGGAGUAUUACCAUCUGUUUGGCCGAAUGUGUCCACACAAGAAGAAAGUGGAAUACAGUAGCAGCAACAGUCAGAAACCUCUACGGAGCGACGGCAGCACAGGAGAGUCGCAGAUAUAAAGCACUUGUCAUAUCCUGAUUUUACAAACUUUUGAACGCUUUCUGUGAAAAUUAAGAUUUUUUAACAGGGGGUCGUCAAUUCGUCCUCAUUAUUCCUGUCCAAUCAGAAGAUCUGAAAACUGCUUUCCAUUAGUAAGAAUACUGAUAUGGAAUCAUCAUAUCUGCUUCACAUCGUUUUACAGUUAUAGGCCUGUCAUCUGAACAGCUAAAGUGGGUCACACCACUAAAUGAACAAAAUAAUUAGAGUGCUUUGGCUUUAUUUUGCUGUCUGUUGUGCAAGUAGAAAAUCUUACAUUUUAGAUUAUGCAAAAGGCUCUUCUAUAAAAUACGUUUUAUUGUGUUGAGGGCUAUCUUGAGUUUGAUUAUGUCACAAAAACUUACAAAUCUGUAAAAAAAAAAAUUAUAGAAGUAUGAUAAAUGAAAGUAAAUCUGUAGUUUCGUUUUAAACAGUUGUGAUGGCUUUAAAAUACAUAAAUGAUCUCAUCAGAAAGGCUGUUAUUGUAAAACUUGAUAAAGAUGUAUGAUGUUUGUAUACUAAUAUUUCCUGAAUU